GAAAAGUGAAAAUUCGGAUGAGUAACACGGACGACCUGUCGUACACGCGACUCACAGAUGGACCACAUGCCGUUUUACUGGUGGUUCAACUGCGUUUAUUAAACGGAGGUACAAAAGUGGAGUUGGGGAAGACGACGAGGCGGUUAGACGCUGAGUUUCCGAUGAUUUUUAUGAUUAUUUGCUUUUCUUUUUCAAAUUAAAUAUUUUCUCUGGAUUUCCGGUGCAAUGGCGUCACAAAUUUCGAACUCCGAACUAGAAUCUCGGCCCACGGAGCCGAACUCUCCAGUCGGUUUUGAUGAGCGCAGACUUGAGCAAGUUAUAACUGAAGGCUCUCUAGACUUUGAUGAAUGGACUAUACUCCUAACAGAGAUUGAGAAUACAUUUCGUGAUGACAUAGAGAAAAUAUGUUUGGUGUAUGACGCCUUCUUGGUGGAGUUUCCUUUGUGCUAUGGUUACUGGAUGAAGUAUGCUAAUCACAAGGCACGCUUGUGCACUGUUGACAAGGUUGUUGAAGUCUUUGAACGUGCUGUUCAAGCAGCUACCUAUUCUGUUGAUGUGUGGCUUCACUAUUGUUGCUUUGGCAUUACAGCAUUUGAAGAUCCUCACGCUGUUCGUAGAUUAUUCAAAAGAGCCUUGUCAUUUGUUGGAAAAGAUUACUCAUGUCAUACCUUGUGGGAUAAAUACCUUGAAUAUGAAUUCUCUCAGCAGCAGUGGAGUUCUCUAGCUCACAUAUACAUCCAAACUUUGAGAUUUCCGAGCAAAAGGUUACAUAAUUAUUAUGAUAGCUUCAAAAAGUUGGCUGCUGCUUGGAAAAAGAAGUUUGAUUGUCAGAAUUCUGCCACUGAAUUACAGUCAGACCUUGUACUUGAAACUGGUGUACCAAAAUAUUUUAAAGAUGAUGAGAUCUCUGCUGUCAUCAAAGAACUACUAGAGCCAUCAGUUGGAUUAGCUAGAUCUAAAGCAGUACAGAAAUAUGUACUUAUUGGGGAACAUAUCUAUGAGGAAUCAUGCCAGUUGGACCAAAAAAUACAUUGUUUUGAGACUCGCAUUAGAAGGCCCUAUUUCCAUGUGAAGCCACUUGAUGUGAGUCAAUUAGAAAAUUGGCAUGACUAUCUGAACUUUGCUGAGAAGCAAGGCGAUUUUGACUGGGUGGUCAAACUCUAUGAGAGGUGCUUAAUUCCUUGUGCCAAUUACCCUGAGUUCUGGAUGCGUUAUGUGGAUUUCAUGGAAAGUAAAGGGGGAAGAGAGUUAGCAAACUUUGCAUUGGCACGAGCAACACAAAUUUUUCUGAAGAGAAUGCCAAUGGUCCAUCUUUUUAGUGCCCAUUACAAGGAGCAAAUAGGAGAUGUAUGUGCUGCCCGUGCUGCCUUUCUGGGAUACGAUACUGAAGCAGAUUCAACUUUUAUUGAAAAUGUCACAAUUAAAGCUAACAUGGAAAAGCGUCUGGGAAAUUUUUCGGCAGCUUGCCAUGUAUUCAAAGAAGCAUUAGAAACUGCUGCUGAGAAGAAAAAGUUUCAUAUUCUUCCUAUACUGUAUGUUCGUUUUUCACGGCUUAAGUACAUGACUACCGAUAGUGCAGAUGCAGCAAGAGACAUUUUAAUUGACGGAAUCAAGCACAUGCCUCACUCCAAAUUACUUCUGGAGGAACUGAUAAAGUUUGUAAUGAUGCAUGGAGGGUCAAGACACCUGAAUGUUGUAGACUCUGUUAUAGCUAAUGCAUUAUAUUCAGGUCCAGAUUUACUUGAUGCUUUUAGUCAGGAGGAUGUGGAGGAUGUAUCAAGCUUAUAUUUACAGUUCGUCGACCUGUGUGGUACUGUCCAUGAUGUAAGGAAGGCAUGGAAUCGGCACAUCAAAUUAUUUCCACACUCUCUGAGGAGUGCUUAUGAGCAUCCUACUGCAGGUAAAAACCAUUGAUCAAUCAUGGAAGGAAAGCUAAAAAAUAUUUUUGCUUUACCUCCAAGGCUGUCUGGAUCUGGCUACUCAAUCCAGUCGCCUUCUCAAGACAAAAAAGUUUCUCCUCCACAAAACUAUGAUAGUCAGUCUGACCAUGAGACAACUACAUUGUUAUUAGAACAAAAAUCACCAUUGCUGGAAAAUCAUGAUAUUCAAUCCGAUGCUGGUGCUAGAAUUGACCAUCUUCAGUCUGGAGAAGCUGACAACAGCAUACAGGAUAAAAUGCAACAGGUAUCUCCUGAAGUCAGGGAGCAGCGUGGAGAAGAUAUUUGUGAACCAAUUAUGGCACCUCUUGAUUUAGUACAUCAAGUUGCUGCUGAAACUGAAGCUAAAGCUUCUCUAGAAUUCUCUAAAGACAAUGAUGUUCAAGAUGGGCCUGACCAUGAAUCCAAAGAGGAUACAAAGCUACUUUCUUUGGAGGGACUUUCCUUAGAUCCACAAGAAAAUCAAUCUCCAAGCUCAGUGUGUACCACAUCUCACAAGUGUGAAGUUCCUCAAGAAACCAGUUUUUCUCAUGAAAGCAAUUUGAAGAGUGAAGCUCUACAAGAAAACAGUUUGUCUCAGGAAAGCAAUUUAAAGAGUGAAGUUCCACAAGAAAACAUUAUUUCAAAUGGAGAUACGAUGCUGGGUGAUCAGAAUACCAAUGGAAGUCACCUUUUAUCCAGCUCAAUGAGCACACAAGUGUCUGAUUCUUCCCAAAUUCAAAUUGAAACUGCUAGUCCAUCUUCUGUGGUGUACCAUCAAAAUUUUGUUAAAGAGGAACCUUUACAGUCACAAAAACCUAUGAAUAGUGGGCGAAACUGGCAUCAGAGGCAUAAUAAUGACAGAAUUCACAGAGAUUCUAGAUACGGUUUUCGAGGACAUUCACAUAAAAGGCAGUAUCAACAGCAACAAGUUUCUUCACAACAGUACCCACAUGGUGAACUUCAUGGUCAAAUGCCUGUGAAUCAAGGUUACCCCUCUCAACCUUUGCCUUCACAAAACCCACAAUUUGAGCAAGGGCGCCAAGCACAAAAUGACUACCCAGCGUCUGCUAAUCUUACAGCACCUCAAGCCUGGCCGAUGCAAAACAUGCAGCAGCAGAAUUUUGCUUCUGCUUCUCAAGUACCUCCUCAAGCUGAUGCUUAUGCUGAAGCACAAAUGUCUCAGUUUCCCAUGCAAAGUCAUGUGCAGCAAGGGCAUCUACAGGGUAACCAAGCAUAUAAUCAAAUGUGGCAAUAUUAUUAUUAUCAACAGCAACAGCAACAGCAGUUUCUUCUGCAACAGCAACAUUUGCAACAACUGCACCAACAGCAGCCCCAUCAGCAACAACAGUAUCAAGCACAGCAAUAUUUUCAGCAACAACAGCACCUUCAGAUUCAGCAACCACAUUUUCUACCUCAACAGCCCUAUCAGCAGCCACAGCCACAGCAUCUACUUUACCUGCAUCCACAACAGCAGAUGCAAUAUCAGCAGGUUCAGCAGCAGCAACAACAACAACCACCACAUCAUGAGCAGCAAGAACAAGAACAAACACAACCUGAGCAUCAAGACAGUGUAUUGCAAAUCGACUCUAGGAGUCAGAGCAGCUCUGAACAGGGCAUAGGAGUUGCACCGCCAUAUAGUACAGGUGCGCCCGGGACUGUCACAUCUGUUGCAUCUCCAAAUCCUUAGCAUCAAUCUCCCGAAAGUCUUUAAGGUACUUACCCUUAUACGUACAAAGAGAGAUGCACUUCAAAACUUAGUGUAUUCCGGUGAGAACGUAGCUAAAAAAAUCUUGAGAUUGCAAUUUUCAUCUCAAAUUACAAUUAUGUUGAUUGAGAGAGCCGAGAAAAAGGCACCCAUAUUUGUGUAAUGGACUUCCUUUUUGUGGAUAUGUAUAGUAUAUACAUUAGGCAAUAGCGUCAAAAUUUCGAAUUUUCAGUUUCGAGACACAGAUGUGACAUUAAGACCACAACUAAACAAAAUUUUCUAGUCAUAA